AUGCUUAAUAAUCUAAAUUCGGAAAUAGAAUCACCACAAAAUCGCAGAAAUGGGAAUGUUUCGACCAACAUUGAUGAUGUAGUUGAUAACUUAGAUUCAAAACUUGCUAUAAACGGUGGACAUUCAGACAUAAUUGAUUAUGUGCAAAAAUCAUGGGACUCAGUUUUGAAAAAUACGAGAUGUGAAAAUAUUAAAUGGUAUCCUUCUCCAAAUAAGACAACAUUCCAUGUAAGAGGUUUUGCUACAAAUAAUGGUAGAAAAAAUUUGAACUAUAGAGCCGUUGAUCGUUACAAUAACUAUGAAAACGGUAACCGUGGUAAUAACUUUAUAAAUGAUAACCGUACCAUCAACUAUGGACAUGGUAAUCGCGGUAGAAAUUUUAAGAAUUACAAUCGUACCAAUAACUAUGAAAGUGGUAACCUUGGUAGUAAUUUUAUGAGUGAUAAUCGAACAAAUAGCUAUGGAAGUGGUUACCGUGGCAGUAACUUUAAGAAUGACAAUCGUAACAAAAACUUAAGAAGUGGAAGCCAUAACAAUAAUUUUAGAAGUGCUAACCAUAACAAUAAUUUUAGAAGUGCUAACCAUAACAUUAAUUUUAGAAACAGUAAUCGUAGCGAUAAUUAUAGAACAUUUGAUCACAGUGGUACCUUUAAAACAGGAGAUCGUGAUAAUAGCUUCAGAUCUCAUCAAAUCAAUAACGGUGUGAUAUUUCGUGAUAGAAACAAAGAGGUAUACUUACCAUACUUUAGUCUUAAUGCAGGAAUAAAAAAUGAAGAAUUCAAACCUAAAAUAUCCAUUGAUGAGCACAACUACACGCGUAAUACUUACGGUCAUUAUCAAAUUAACAAGUUCACUAAGCAAAAUAAACCUUAUCAGUCAAAUAGAACUUAAAUUUUACCCGGUAUUAAAUUUACUUCCCUAGUUUAAGUUAAAUCAUUUAAAUUAAAAAAAAAUUAAUGUAUUACUUAAUAAUCGAUUAAUUGUCAUAUAAUAUGGCCAGGCUAUUUAAAACAUUUUUCUCAUAUUAAAAAUUAUUUUUAAAAACUGUUUAAAAAAUGUAGUAUUGUGUACAUGAUAAAACUGUUAAUAAAAAUGUUAAUAACUCCCUAAG